AUGACAGAGCGUGGAUCAACAUUCCUUAAGUACAUGACUGACGAUGAGGCACAUGAACGCACGCUAGCCACAGACAUCCUGAUGGGUCUGCUAAAAGAUGUCGCAAAGCGACGGCCUGACCUGAAGAUCGUUGUGAUGAGUGCGACGCUCGAUGCGCUCAAGUUCCAGAAGUACUUUAACAAUGCGCCACUCCUGAAGGUUCCGGGUCGCACCUUCCCUGUCGAAGUGUUCUACACACAAGAGCCAGAAAAAGAUUAUGUCGAAGCGGCCAUACGAACUGUCCUCAUGAUCCACCAGGCUGAAGACCCUGGCGAUAUACUUGUGUUCCUUACAGGUGAAGAUGAAAUCGAGGAUGCAUGUCGAAAAAUCCGCACAGAGUCGGAGAGGCUCCUGGAAGAAGAGCCAGAUCUCUGUGGUCCGCUCAAAGUCGUUCCGCUGUACUCGUCAUUGCCCCCUGCACAGCAGCAGCGCAUUUUUGACCCAGCUCCAGCCCCCGUGCGGGUUAACGGCCCCAUGGGACGCAAGGUCGUGGUCAGCACCAACAUUGCUGAAACAUCGCUCACCAUCGAUGGCAUUGUAUAUGUUGUGGACCCUGGCUUUAGCAAGCAAAAGGUGUACAAUCCGCGGAUCCGAGUUGAGUCGCUCCUAGUGAGCCCGAUCUCAAAGGCAUCAGCCCAGCAGCGUGCAGGCCGUGCAGGCCGUACCCGACCUGGAAAAUGCUAUCGUCUCUACACGGAGCGCGAUUGGGCGAGCGAGCUGAUCGAGCAGACGUAUCCUGAGAUCCUGCGCAGCAAUCUGGCGAACACGGUGCUGGAGCUCAAGAAACUCGGCAUCGACAAUCUUGUGACGUUUGACUACAUGGAUCCGCCUGCGCCCGAGACUGUCAUGCGUGCGUUGGAGCUGCUGAACUACCUUGGUGCAUUUGACGACCAUGGCAAUCUGACGCCACUCGGAGAAAUCAUGGCCGAGUUCCCACUUGAUCCACAGCUUGCCAAAAUGCUCAUUGUGUCUCCGGAAUUCAAGUGCUCAAACGAGAUCCUUAGUAUUGCUGCUAUGCUCAGUGUUCCGAACGUGUUUGUGCGUCCAAGCCAGGCGUCUCAACGCCAGGCGGCUGAUGCGGCACGCGCAGAGUUCGCACACCCGGAUGGUGAUCACCUCACACUGCUGAAUGUGUACCAUGCCUAUAAGACAUAUUGCUCGGAUAUGGCGUCUGGCUCCGACUGGUGCUGGCAAAAUUACCUGUCGCACCGCUCGCUGAUUCAGGCAGAUAAUGUACGCCAGCAGCUGCAGCGAACAAUGGAGCGCUUCGACCUGGACUUGGUUUCUUUGCCGUUCGAAGACAAGCGAUACUACGUCAACAUACGACAGGCUAUUGCGUGUGGUUUUUUCAUGCAAGUUGCUCACAAAUCGACAGGCGGUGGGAGUCGCGGCGCUUACACGACUGUAAAGGACAAUCAGAUUGUGACGCCGCAUCCAUCGACCACGCUCGACCAUAUGCCAGAGUUUGUCGUAUACCAUGAAUUUGUCCUCACUUCACGCAACUUCAUUCGCACUGUUACCGAGGUGCGCCCUGAAUGGCUCUUAGAGUUUGCCCCCUCCUACUACGAUCCUCGUACGCUUGAUGGUGAGAUCAAGCGUGUAUUUCAAUCGCUCCUCGCACGGCGGCGUAUCAAGAAGUAA